AUGUCUUUGCGAGUUGUAUUACGACAAGGUAAUGUGAAAGCAGUUGGUGGUGGAGUGGCAGAAAUGUUGUCAAGAGUCACAAGAACGAUGAACCAAACUGGCUUCAAUGCCUCAUGGAUGACCCUGAAUACUGAGGAUGAACGAUUUUUUGUUCUCACAAAGAAAAUUCACAACUAUAUCCAUGGAACUGGACCCGAUGUUGAUUUUUCAGAUCAAGAUAGGGAAGUAUACGAAAGUGUUGGGAGAGAGAAUGCCGAAAGUGAAGUUUUUCAAAAAGAAAUUUCCAACGGAGAUAUUAUUGUGUUGCAUGAUCCUCAACCAUUAGGAAUGGUCAUUCCAAUUCGAGAAAAGUUUGGAAGUGGAGUUAAGAUUAUUUUUCGGUGUCACAUUGGACUUGACGAACACAAUUUCCAAACGAUCUGCGCUUGGACAUUUUUGAAGCCGUAUAUUAGUCAGGUGGAUCAUUGUAUAUUCACUUCACCUGAAUAUGUUCCUAGUUUUGUUAAAAAUGUCAAAUGUACAAUCAUGUAUCCAAGUCUGUCUCCGUUCAAUCCUAAAAAUCAAGAACUCUCCACCGGUGAAAUUUUAAACAUUCUCAUCCAAAGUGGAUUGACCAAAGGAGAUGAUCGUUUCGAAUGGAAGGUUCCAUUUGAACACCAAGUAAAGUGUUUAUUUAAAGAUCCAAUGUCGGUAGGAAUACCAUUCAGCCCCAUUGUCACUCAAAUCAGUCGAUGGGAUCGAUUGAAAGGAUGGAUUCCACUCAUUAAGGGAUGGGUGGAGAUGAAGAAAAAUAUUCACAAGUAUUCAGUUGGUGCUUCUGAGGAAGGAAAAAACUUGUUGAGAAAUGUGAAACUUGUGUUAGCUGGACCAAAUCCAGAAGCCAUUCAAGAUGACCCAGAAGGAUUACAAGUAUUUGAAGAGUUGACAGUUUAUUUUGCAGAUCUUGAACCUGAUCUUCAGGACACCAUUGCCAUUCUUUCUCUUCCAAUGAAUAAUGUGACACAAAACGCUCUCAUUGUGAAUGCUCUCCAAAGAUGUUCACUUGUGGUAUUUCAAAAUAGUUUAAGAGAGGGAUUUGGAUUGACAUGCACAGAGGCCAUGUUUAAACGUAUUCCAGUGAUUGGAUCCAGACAAGCAGUAGGAAUUCGAUUACAAAUUCGAGAUCGAAUCGAUGGUCGUCUCGUCAAUGUGCAAGAUUCUUUAGAAAUUGCACAAGUGUUGGCAGAAGUUCUUUUAGAUGAAAAACAACGUCUGAUGUUUGGAGUGAAUGCAGAGAAGAGAGCCAUUGAUAACUUUUUAGUGUACAAACAAAUAGAAAAGUAUUCUGAAGUGUUUCAAAAAGUUCUUAACAAUGGUGGUAAUGAACAGAAUUAUAGUGAUCAAGAGGAUGAUAAUGAUAAUGACUCAGAUUAA